UUCAAUUCCGGAAAUGACCGAGUGGCGGAAAUAUGACGCCCUCUGACGAGUUUGCUGGAAUUCGUUCUUUCUUUCGUGGGCCCCUCAACAGAAAGAGGAAUAACAAUGGCGGACGCAGCUCCAGCCGCUCGUGGUGGUUUCCGUGGAGGUUUUGGUAAUCGUGGAGGGGCAGGCGACCGAGGAGGUCGUGGAGGUCGAGGUGGUCGUGGUCGUGGACGAGGCCGAGGCCGUGGACGUGGAAAGGAGGACCAGAAGGAAUGGAUCCCAGUUACUAAGCUUGGACGUCUGGUGAGAGAUGGCAAGAUCCGCUCCCUCGAGGACAUCUACCUUUUCUCCCUACCCAUCAAGGAGUACGAGAUAAUUGAUCAGUUCAUUGGGCCAUCUCUCAAGGAUGAGGUGCUCAAGAUCAUGCCUGUUCAGAAGCAAACUCGUGCUGGUCAGCGUACUCGUUUCAAGGCUUUCGUAGCAAUUGGAGACAGCAACGGGCACAUUGGUCUCGGUGUUAAGUGCUCAAAGGAAGUAGCAACUGCUAUUCGUGGUGCAAUUAUCCUGGCCAAGCUUUCAGUCGUUCCAGUACGUCGUGGAUACUGGGGUAACAAGAUUGGUAAGCCCCACACUGUACCCUGCAAGGUCACAGGCAAGUGUGGAUCAGUCCAGGUGCGACUGAUCCCUGCCCCCAGAGGUACUGGCAUUGUCUCAGCUCCAGUCCCCAAAAAACUCCUCCAGAUGGCUGGUAUUGAGGACUGCUACACAUCAGCACGUGGAUCUACCUGCACACUUGGUAAUUUCGCCAAGGCAACCUACGCUGGCAUUGCCAAGACCUAUGCUUAUCUCACCCCAGACCUGUGGAAGGAUAUGCCUCUAUCUGAGGCUCCUUACCAAGAACACGCUGACUGGCUGUCCAAGAAUCACAGACCCGUUACCAACCAGCGGUCUGCUGAAGUUGUCUCAUAAUUUUUAAUAAAGUCACACUGGAGACCAUAA